AUGACGCUUAAGAAUAUUCUCUGGGAUUUCGAAGCGCUCUCUGCGCGUGCCCUCCAGCUGGAGGAUGUCGGUAACGGUGCAUUUCGCAGUGUGCAGCUGUGGACGCCUUCUGUCUCACGGGCGACGUACGGGGGCCAGUUGGUGGCGCAUUGCGUCGAGGCGGCGUACCGUACAGUGGGUGCUACCAACAUGGACAUAAACAGUCUUCAUUUAAAGUUUCUGUCACCGGGAAAUAGCGAGAUAGAAGAGCCGAUAUUGUACACUGUCAAGUCGCUGCGUGACGGACGUUCUUUCUGCAUGCGUUUGAUUGUGGCAACUCAGCAAGGGCGGACUUUGCUCACGGCAUUCGCUAGUUUUCAUCGACGGGAACGUAGUGGUAUUCAACAUCAGAUUUGCCACCCAUUUCGUUCGACGAGCCCUGAAUCCACAGGGGGUAAAUAUUGUACUAACAAGUUGUCUAGCAUAGUUGAGAAACUUGGGGACUCAAGCAAGGUGUAUGUAGCGAGCGGCUGCGAGUGUACUGACACUGCUGGCGUGCAAUACAUAAACCUUAUGGAUUUGGACUUCAUCCGGAGCGAGUCACCGUGGGACGUGUGGAUGCGGAUGGACGCCCAUGGAUGGGCCCUCCUGCAGUCCGCAACAGGUAUUCCCAAGGAGCGUUUGCAUAUAAUUGUGGCGUGCUGGCUUUCAGACUUUCUUGUUGCUUUUGCGUCCUUGCUUCCCCAUGGCUUCCCGAAUACCCACCUCCGUGUCAUAACGAGUCUUGAUCACAGCAUCUACUUUCAUUCCCCUGAACUCAUCCGUGUGGAUGAUUGGUUUCUUUACGAGGUGUCUAGCCCGUGGGCGGCGCGCGGUCGAGGACUAAACCAUGGACGUAUGUAUGGCCAGGACGGUGCGCUCUGGAUGAGCACUUCUCAGGAAACGCUCCUGCGCAUGACUAAUGGCUUUGUGUCCAAGCUUUAA